AACCGCGCGCACGCGCCUACAGAGAUUCGAUAAUACAGUUAGCAUCAAAACAGGCUACACCUGCGCUAACAGCUAGCAACGUCCUUAAGGAGCGGGCAACCGCAAUAACGACAAAAGUCGAUCUUCGGGUAAAGAAAACAACUUUCAGCUUCACUGGAGUGUGCGUGUGUUACCUGAAAACGUGUGAUUAUUUCGUCCCAUUUGCCUCUGUCCAUCGUUAUGGAAACAUGACAGCAGAGAGCGGGAGGUAACGUAAAUUGUAAUGCUUAUUUCCGGUCUGUAUCUUUAACAUUAAAAGUGUAUGUAUAUAUUACAAAAAUGCUCUAGGCGUAGGUGGUUUAUAAACUAACAGAAAUAAUAAUAGUUUCAAAGUUUGUUAAAUAUGUUAAAAGGCUGAGGUACAUUCAAAAAGUGAAACGUGUAGCUGUCAUCUGGUUGUUUUAUUUUGAAAAACAAGCCGGCGGAAGUAAUUUUUUGUUUGUGUUCGGGCUGCGAUGCUGCUGCUAGCCACAUGGCACUUUCCUAAAGUUUUGCGCCACGGCUGAUAAAGAUGAGUGGUGGUUCAAAUCAGAGAACUUUGUUCCAGACGUGGGGAGCUUCUGUAUCUCAGAACAAAACGGUCCAUGCGGGGAAAAAUGUUGGAAAGACCUCCGGAGCGAACAGGUCAACCUCAAGCAGCAGCAGCAGAGCUCAGGUAGCUGCAGUAAACCCUCCUCUUCCUCCUCAUCAGAAUGCUCCAUGGACAGAAAUUGGCAGGAAUAGCACAUAUGAAGCAGAGAGACAAGCUGGAGUGGAAUACUUCAUCUCUGAUGAUGAUGAGGAUGAUGACUUGAUGGUGGUAGCUGUCUAUGAAGCUGAGAAGAGUCUCCAGCUUGAGAACGCCAACAGUUUUCAUAAUAAUCAUGCAACAGGACAAAACCUAGCUCCUCUUUCUACCCAAUCCUGUGGGAGAAUACAUCCAGAUUUCCCAGGCUUUGACAGCUCCUCUGCUGAAGUAUGGAUCUAUCCUACCAACUAUCCCAUCAGGGAUUAUCAGCUGAAGAUAUCAGAGGCUUCCCUGUUUCAGAACACCCUGGUGUGUCUACCAACUGGUUUGGGGAAGACAUUCAUAGCCUCUGUGGUUAUGUACAACUUCUAUCGCUGGUAUCCAGCAGGAAAGAUUGUGUUUAUGGCUCCUACCAAACCUCUGGUGGCGCAGCAGAUAGAGGCCUGUUAUAAAGUAAUGGGAAUCCCUCAGGAACACAUGGCGGAGCUGACAGGCAGCACUGCAGCGAAGCAGAGGCAGGAGGUGUGGAGGUCCAAACGCGUCUUCUUCCUCACCCCUCAGGUCAUGGUGAAUGAUCUUUCAAGAGACACCUGUCCAGCAAAGCAGAUCAAGUGUGUAGUGAUUGACGAAGCUCACAAAGCGUUGGGCAACCAUGCUUACUGUCAGGUAAUCAAACAGCUGAGCAGCCAGACCCUGCAUUUCCGCAUCCUGGCUCUCAGUGCCACUCCUGGAGGAGACGCAAAGUCGGUUCAGUCUGUGAUCUCCAAUCUACUAAUAUCUCACAUUGAGCUGCGUUCAGAGGAGAGCCCGGACAUCCAGGCUCAUUCCCAUCAGCGGAGUGUAGAGAAAGUGGUUGUUCCUCUUGGUGAUAAACUGUCGGCUUACCAGGGACGCUACCUUCAGGUUCUAGAAAAGUUCACAUCCCGUCUGGUUCAGAAUCGAGUGAUGGCCCACAAAGACCUGCGGCUUCUCAGCAAAUACCAGCUCAUUCUUGCCAGGGAUCAGUUCCGGAAGAACCCAGCGCCGCACAUCAAGGGAUCUCAUCAGGGAAUACUGGAGGGCGACUUUGCCCUUUGCAUCAGUCUGUACCACGGUUAUGAGCUGCUGAUGCAGAUGGGUCUCCGAUCACUUUUCUUUUACAUCCAGGGAAUCAUGGAUGGAUCCAGAGAGAUGUCCAGAGCAAGGAAUGAAUUACAGAGGACACCAACAUUCAUGGACCUGUACCAUGAGAUGGAGACCAUGUUCCUGAAGCCACCAGGUCCAGAUGAACCAUUCAUUUACAGUCAUCCCAAACUGGAGAAGCUGGAGGAGGUGGUGGUGCAGCACUUCAACGUGUGGGCUGAGAGCUCCGCAGACACAAAUGACGGAGUGAGCACACGUGUGAUGAUCUUUUCUUCAUUCCGGGAGAGCGUCCAGGAGAUCGCCACCAUGCUAAACCAGCAUGCUCCGCUGAUAAAGGUCAUGACGUUUAUGGGACAAGCCUCUUCUGGGAAGGGGGUCAAAGGCUUCACCCAAAAGGAACAACUGGAGGUGGUCCACAGGUUCCGACAGGGUGGGUUUAACACCCUGGUCUCAACCUGUGUGGGAGAAGAGGGGCUGGAUAUCGGGGAGGUGGACCUCAUUGUCUGCUUCGAUGCACAGAAGAACCCCAUCCGCCUUGUUCAGCGAAUGGGACGUACUGGACGUAAGCGACGGGGGCGCAUUGUCGUCAUCCUCACAGAGGGAAGGGAGGAGAGGACCUACAAUCAAAGUCAGAGCAACAAACGCAGUGUGUACAAGUCCAUCACCAGCAACAAAAAUGGCUUCCGCAUGUAUCCCAACAGUCCCCGCAUGUUGCCUGAGGGGGUGAACCCUAAACUGCAUAAGAUGCACAUCACCUGUGGUCAGUUUGACCACCGAGAGGGCAGCAGGAGGUCCAUAAGAGGCCGGCGGUCCCACUCUGAGGGCCGGGCUUCACUCAUUCACCCUCAUAACCUGAUUCAACAGAUUAGCCCAAAAUCAGAUGGCUUUCUGAGCGGAACAGAAUAUUCUCUGUGGGCGUCCACCAUGAAGCUGACAGAAGAUGAGCCUCAUCCAACUCUAAAGCCGUCCCACUUCAUGUCCAUUCCCAGCGACUCAACGCCUCAGGAGGAUAAUUCAAGGGACAAACCACCUUCCAGGGAGCUGUCUCUGUGGGAAUGGAGACACUGGCAGCACAGACCCCUUCCUUUCCAUGCGGUUGAUCAUUCCCUCCGCUGCCAUCACUUCAUCAAGGUGAUGGAGCUCAUAGAUGGCAUGAGAGAUGAGAAAGAGGGGGAAUGCCGGUACGAACAGCAGCUGUCUUCCUACCUCCAUGGAGACACCGACACCAGCAAGAAGAAACCAAAAGCUGCAAAGAUCGGCACAAAGAAUAAUAAGAACAAAGUUAAACCUUGUCACUCGUCCCGGUCUGAGCUGGAGUAUAUCGAUGAGGAGGCAGAGAUGGAUACUGCAACCGUGGCGAGGUUCAGUUCUACAUCAAUCCCAGAGAAACGAAGGCUCCCAGAUGAUGGUUCCACUGAUGGACCUCCUGAGGAGGAUUUAGGAGCUGCUCCUUCACACAGCUUUAACAAUGACUCUGACAUGGCUACUAUUACAGAAGCAGAACAAUCCUUUAGAGAUCCUGCAGAAACGGACGAUGUUAUAGUGUUGAAUGCAAGAAAUGAUGAAGAUGAUGAUCUUGAGGAGAUGUUCUACCUUCCUAAAAACUGUUCUGUGUCUCGGCCGCACUCUGACAAACCCAGAAGAGACGAGAGUCUGAAGGCCAUUCUUUCCAACGAAGCCGAACUCCUCUCUCGAUCUCCGCCUUCACUGGAGAGCAUUUUAGAGGCAGGAGAGGCUUGGAAAUGUCAUCCUCCAUCACCUCAGAUGCCUCUUCAACCUUUCCCCGUCAGUUUCAGUUUGGAAGUGGAUGAUGACGAGGAUGAUGAUAGCUGUGAUGAUGUGUCAGCUCCUGACCAGAACUUUGAUGAACCGGUGACGGUGGAAGGUGGCGGUGAGGACGGGGAGCCUGAUAGUCCUACCUGGGAUGAGGUCUUCGAGGAUGAAGAAGUCGUUGAUGAAAAUAGCAGAGAUGAUGAGAAAGAAACGGAUUCUAAAAAGGGAGAUGAUGUAACGAGGUUGGAGGAUGCUGCUGGGGUGGAAGAUGAAGACUUUUCCAGCAACCUCCAGAUGGAUGAGAGUAUGGACUUGUUUGAAGACGACGAGGCUUUCAUGCAGAUGACAAUUCCAGAUAUUCCUACUCCUGAGGACAGCUUCCCAGCGAGGGAAACCAACGCCUCACUCGCUGAGGAUUGCAUUGAAAAGAUGGCUGAAGGUGAACACGAUGAGGCUUUAGGUGUAAAGCUAACGAUUCAAAGCAGCCACAACAUGUCGGACAGACAAGCCGAAUUUCACAAACCAGCAGAUCAUUCACAGAAUGCUGCUUCCUGUUUCCAGUCUUCGACUGUGAGAGAAAAUCCUGAGCUACUAGAUACCUCUCAUGAUUUAUUCUCAGUUAAUUUUGAUCUUGGUUAUUCGCUGGACGACUCUGAGGAUGAAACUGAAAUGGAAGCUGCACCCGCUUCUCCAUCUUCUAAAAAAACAGCUGAUUCUGCUGCGCCUUUGCCCUCAACUUCUACUUCCUCUACUCAUCGUAACAUCUUCGCAGGACGCCUCAGGGAGUCCAAGUUAUCUUCUUCACAAACGAAAGUGAGCUGUUGGAAGUCUAAGGCUGAAGAGCUUCCAUCUCCUGUUCCUUCACUGGGUAUCAGACGGACACUCCUGUCCGGGUUUACCAAACCUGGCUCUUCCAGUCCAAAGUGGAGCCGAGCAGAAGGUGGCGUCGCAGCGAUGAGCACCAACAGCAGCUCCUGGCAGGAACCGGUUCAUGUGAGGGAAUCCUCUCCUAAUCCAGCGCGUUACAGUGACAGUGAAGAGGAAGUAGUUCAACACAAAAGAAGACAACACAAGGUCAACCCCUUGUCCUCCCCAGACGUGUCCAAAGUCCUGAGUGAUGUGGACUCCCCGGUGGUGGUGAAGAAGAAACGUGCCUCUGUUCUUAAUGUGACUGAUGAAACACAAGCCGAAGCUUUUUCUGAUGAUGAUUUCCAGGACGACUCGAUGUUGACACGCAGAAAAACGCCACCUGGAGCGGAAAGGGAACUAGUCCAACGGCCUCAGAAGAAGAACACGAUGGGUCCAAAAGCGCGUCAGUUUCUGGACGAAGAGGCGGAGUUAUCAGAGGAUGAGGAGGGAGCGGAUGUUUCGUCUGAUGAAGAAGACGGUGCAGAACUGAAUCGGUCUCUUGAAGGCUUCGUUGUAGACAACACGCACCUGUCCCAGGGACUGGAUGACUCAGAGAUGCAGGGAGUUUACCUGAAGUCUGUGCGAAGUCCUGCAGUCCGGGGCAAAUUUAAAAUGUCCUACAAAAAACACCAUAACAUGGACAUUUUUUCCCAGGUGCCAGAGAUGGACGAGACGUACGCAGAGGACAGCUUUGUUGUUGGCAGCGAUGAAGAAGAGCUGGUGUGUAAUGAGGAAGAGCCCGAAGACAUCGAACUUCUGCCCGAGGUGUCAUACAUGGAUGGGAGAAGGCAGUAUGCAACCAGACGGCGCGUUUUUCUGCACAAAGCUAGAGCAAAGGCCGGAGCUGAGAACAGAACUGAGUCUGCUGCAGAGCAGAGGACCAAAACCAAACGCUCCCGUGUCAUCUGCUUAGACGAUUCCAGCGAGGAGGAGACGGGGGACGAGUGCAAAAACAGGGGUUCAUCAACAGCUGGCAGCGCUGUCCCUUUACAGGCAAACAGGCCACAUUCUGAACCCAGUGGGCAGAAAUUCACGUCCUCUGCAUCUGUAACCAUAGCAACUAAAGUCUCAUCGUUGAGUAAAGGACAGAGGAGUUCACUGAGUGAAGAGCAGCAAAAUGAGAGGUGUCGUCGUACAUUAGAGAAUCAGCAUCUUCUCUCUGAUGAGCUCGACUUCGCAGCACCAAAGCCAACUAUAAAUGCAGGACUCCCCACAACCAAAGCACCUCAAAGCUCCACUGCUCAGGGUCCAUCAAUGAACGGGCCGCCAUCGCCGUUCGGGUCUGUCUCCAUCUUGGUGGACAGCCGCUGCAUCAGUAGCGGCGUGGAGCUGAUGACGAGUCUCCGUCAGCGACAUGGUGCCAACGUCCACGUUUGCUCGCUUGACAGCAGCUACUUCAUCGUAAGCAACCGCAUGGCCGUGGAAAGACUCAGCCAAUCAGAUUUAGCCGCAAUGCAGAACCGGAAGCGACUGGUGGAGAGGCUGAGCAGCCUGCAGGGAAUGUUUGAACGGGUUUGUGUAAUAGUGGAAAAAGAUCGGUCCAAGCAGGGUGAAGUUUCCCGUCCCUUCCAGCGCACACGUUACUAUGACAGCACUAUAGCAGCUCUGGUUCGUGCGGGGAUCCGCCUGCUUUGGAGCGAUGGUGCUGAGGAGAGCGCUAGCUUGUUGGCGGACCUGGCGAAGCUGGAGCACCGUAAAGGUCAGGGCAUCGCUGUGCCGCUUGAGGUCAAAGGGCAGCGAAGGCAGCAGACCCUGCAGCUGUACCAGAGUUUACCUUCGGUCAGCCAUGUGCACGCGCUGAACCUGCUGCACAACUUUAGCACCAUCGCCCAGCUGAUAAACAGCUCUGUUGAGGCAAUACAGAAAGGAGGCUGCAUGAGCAGAAGCAGAGCUGAGGAGAUCUACCGCUGCCUGCGUUACAGCUGUGACUCCUCCUUCCUCUUGAACACUUCAAAAGCAGGAAAAAACAGCUAGAGCCCCGAUGGAGAUGAACCGGUUAAAACCUUAAGAUUGUUUUAUGCACAACUUAAAACCAGCUGAGCUUUACUUCUCUUUUUUUUCUCCAACUUAUUUGCCAAGGACAUACAUAUUGAGACUCAAAAGUGCCUUAAUUCAACAAUAAUCUAAUAAAAAGGGCUAAAGAAAAUUGUUCCUUACAUAUAUAUUUCACUGCAUUUAAAUUGCAUUUUGCUUUAAACCAGGUGAUUUGUCUGCAAUGGAUUUUAUGUACAGGUUAACCAAUUAGAUUAUACCUUUAAAAGCUGACAGUAUUUCCAAAAGGCUAAUAGUUUUAAAAUUUCUGUUUAAAAGAUGCAUUAACUGAAUUAUGGCACUUUAGUCCCUCAAUACAGCGAUACCAGUUACUGUGUAACUAUACCACCUGUGCUGACCUCAGUGAGAGAAGAGCCUCAUCUUUUGCACAAUAAGUUAAAGCACAGAUAUCUAAAUAUUAAAGUUAAUGGAUAACAUUUUAUGUUUAUCUUUUUCCCAAUGCUCACUGGUUUCAUUUUUACACCGACAGCAAUUCUGUGACAGUAUUAGCAACACUAUGAUCUCAAUCAAGACAUUCGAAGUAUCAUUUUGUAUCAUAAUGUGUAUAUUAUUUCUAAAUGUACAUAGCUGCAAAAGAUGGAAAUGUUUCUUUAAUAAAACCAAUUAUUAGCUUUUCUAUA